AUGAUUUCCACCAUCCUACCACUGCUAUCGUCGCAGUUUCUGGAAUACCCAGCUCGCUCGUUGUUCUUGUUGAUAAUAUGCAUUCCCAUAUUGUAUGUUAUUGGGAACGAAUACGUGAGAUACUCCCGACGAAUCAAGGGUUUUCCCGGACCGACCAACUGGCCCUUGGUGGGCAACAUUCCAGACAUCAAGGUUAAUGCGGCCGAGAAGUAUCGUGAAUGGAGCAAGACUUUUGGCGCUGUGUACCAGAUACAGCUUGGAAAUGAGCCGGUAAUUGUCGUCAACAGCGCGGAAGCCGCGAAGAAAAUCUUUGGUGGGAACAGCCAGGCGCUGAGUUCCAGACCCGUAUUUUGGACUUUCCACAAGGUGCUUUCAAACACAGCCGGUACGACAAUCGGGACAUCGCCAUUCAAUGAUUCGCUAAAGCGCAGGAGGAAGGGUGCUGCCUCGGCACUCAACAAACCUUCGAUUGCGACAUACAUCGACCACCUCGACCUUGAAACGAAGGAAUUUGUAAAAGACGGGUUUGAGUCAGGCCAUGCUGGUACCGUUGGUGUAAACCCCAUGCCCAUGAUUGAGCGUCUUUCACUUUCGCUCGCUCUGACCCUCAACUGGGGUACAAGGAUGAGUAGUCGACAUGAUCCAAUGUUUCACGAGAUCUGCGAGGUCGAAGCCGCUAUUUCGAAAUUUCGUAGUACGACUGGAAACUUGCAGGACUACAUUCCCAUCUUGAGACUCAAUCCCUUCAGCUUCGGCACCAAGUCUGCGAAAGAGCACCGAAACAGACGAGAUGUCUACCUAACGAAGCUGAAUCGCGAUUUGGACGAACGGAUGGAGAAGGGUACUCACAAAACGUGUAUCCAGGCAAACAUUAUCCGAGACAAGGAAGCCGCGUUGAACAAGGAGGAAUUGACGUCGAUCAGCCUGACGAUGUUGUCUGGCGGUUUAGACACCAUCACCACCCUCGUUCAGUGGAGUGUGGCGCUGCUGGCUCAAAGGCCGGAUAUCCAAGAAAAGGCUAUCAAGGAGAUCCGGAAGUACUACUCGGAAGACGAGCCGCUAGCGGAUGCGUACGAUGACCAAAAGUGUGAGUAUGUUGUCGCACUGGUUAGGGAGUGCUUACGGUACUACACUGUACUACGCCUAGCGCUUCCGCGAGCGACAGUCAAGGAUAUCGUGUAUGAGGGCAAGGUGAUCCCCGCAGGCAGUACAGUGUAUCUGAAUGCAUGGGCAUGUAAUAUGGAUGCCGAAGUUUGGAGAGAUCCGGACGAGUUCCGUCCUGAGCGUUGGCUAGAGCAACCCGACGCCCCGCUGCAUACAUAUGGCCUAGGUUACAGGAUGUGUGCAGGCUCAUUGUUAGCCAAUCGCGAGUUGUACCUUGUCUUCCUGCGGACGCUGAACAGCUUUGAGCUAGUACAGAAAUCGGAGGUGGACGUGCAUCCUGUCAGGGGCAGCUCAGACCCUACCAGUUUGGUGACGAUGUGCCGACCUUACGAGAUUCUCUUCAAACCUCGCAACGAGCAGAUUCUGCGUGAGGCUCUUAGGGCAGCAGAUGAGCGAUUGGCCGAGUUUGAGAAGGCCAUGUAUCGGAAGGCGAUACUUCCGGGCGAUGAAGAGCUGGGCAAGAAAGACGACGACCAUAGAUACAAACCCGCGCGGCGUUCCAGCUGGUCGGGCUGGAGCCACACGUUUCGCUGGCGGCGGCGGAGGAUACUGCUGGCAGCAGUGGGCUUGUUCCUGCUGUACUACUGCUUCCUCAGCGGCUCUGACGACUACCAAGAGCCGGACGAGCCACGAUAUCGACGACGGCCAAUCACAUCCACAUAUCAGAAGCCGAGCGCGGACGGCGACGACGAACCCACGGGAGCGCCACCGGGCCUACAGAAACCGAGGCAUGGAGAGGCGGUCCCUCGUACAUACGAUGGACAGAUACGCUUCUUCCGCCUCGCCAGCUCACUGCGCUCAUCCGCCUCGGCAACCGGUGGCUAUGAGAAGAAGAACAGAAACAUACUAUUCGCAAUGUCGAGCUUGAAGAGUGCAUCGACGCUUUUGCCCAUGGUAUGCGACAUGUCGCAAUGGAACAGGAACCAUGUACACGCGGCUUUCAUGGGCAGAGAAGAUAUACCAGUAGACCAUCUGCUAGAGAUAAACGGGAUAGACAAGGUCAAGUGUCCUGCUGUAUGGCACGAUGCGCGACCGGAUUACAUGGAGUAUAGUACCGAUGUUCGCGCUGAGACGGCCGUGAUGGGUGCUAUGCAGCAUAUCAGCAGCUUUCUCCAUCCUCAAGCAGCCAUCAUCGACGAUUCCGUCUCAGAAGACCAGUUCUUUGUCCGAGGCAUGCGAACCAAAACGGGAGUGCUUAAGAUGCCUCUCAUUGAAGUACCAAAAGACAGAUUAGAGGACUUUGCUUGGGUCUCACGGCUCGAUGCUGGCUCACUCAGGCACUGGCACGAUCCUACCGUAGACAUUCUCAUCCAAGUACCACCAGACUCUUCCAGCGUUCUGCGAUUACUGAAAUCAAUCAAAGACGCCGAUUACAGUGGUCUGAGACCGCCUCGUAUCACCAUCGAGCUGCCAGCCGAGCUCGACAUCUCAGUAAAAGAGCACAUUGAAAGCUUCAAAUGGCCCCCACAUAAUGAUAAUCCCAUAGCAGGGAGCGGACUCAGUAUCAGACGCCGCAUCUCAAACCAUCGCCACAACCAGGAGGACUCUGCAAUUCGCUUCUUGGAGUUAUUCUACCCCACCAACACGAUCAACUCCCACGUAUUACUACUCUCUUCGCAAGCGCAGCUGUCGCCACAGUACUUCCACUUUGUCACAUACGCCUUGUUGGAAUACAAGUACUCGACCUACGGCGCAGAGGACAAUGACAAUCUCAUGGGUAUUAGUCUAGAGUUGCCAGCGGUGCUCCUCGAUGGCAAGACGAAGCUGGAACCCCCGUCGACAAGCGACAUGCACACUGACCGAUACAAGAAGCUGCAUCAAGGUGCUAAGAGCGUGCCUUUCAUGUGGCAGGCUCCAAACAGCCACGCGGCAUUGUUGUUAGGAGACAAGUGGGCAGAGCUGCAUUCGUUCCUCGGCAAUCGUGUGGUCAAGCAUCAGCAAUCAGCCAAAACGACAUCUCGGGGAAAGUUGGUUUCCGAGACACUGCCCGCAUGGACCGAGUACAUGCUUGAGUUCAUGCGCGCGCGGGGCUAUUCGCUGCUUUAUCCUGCGACGACGUCCAAUGCGUUGGUUACGAUUCAUAACGAGUUGUACCACGUCCCCGAGGAGUUCUCUGCUAUGUCGCCCAGAGACGGUCAAGAAACACCUGCCAUGCCGUUGGAGACAGAUGCACCAUUUCUGCGCGCCGAUACACCACCUCAGUCUCCUCAAACUUCCGAAACACCCGUCAUUUCAGACACAAUGCCGCUGCAUCAGGCGCUACCUUUCGACGGCGAUCUUCCCGAGAUCCCUCACCUACCCCAGCUUCUCUAUGACGGACAACAAAUUGCUCCGGCAAACAUAUCCACUGUGGCAAGAGAGUACGCAGACAUGUUCCGCAAGGAGGUUGGUGGCUGCAAGAUACCCAAAGGUAAGCACAAGAAGUUUGUCGGGGGUGAAGCAAGCGACUUGUUCUGUUUUGGAGAGGACGAUGAUGGCGACUGGGUCGAAGAUGAAAGCAGAGAGGUGGAGAUGUUUGAUGCGCCGAUUGAUGAUCAAUUGGAGAAACUUUGCACUGGUCCGGACGCUUUGAGGAAAAUGCUCUCGCGAGCCGCAGGGCGGAAACUCCGCAGAAAUGCCUUCAGGACGCCCACGACCCUUUCAGACCAAUUAACGCUGCCAUGGCUCUGCCCAGCGUUGUCACGGAGGACCUCGUACGCACCUUCCGCAUCCUCGACAAACACACACGACUCGAGUCGACGGCAGCGGCAACGGCCCUCUUCACUGUCCAUACGGCACGAGACACGCUCCCUCGCCACAUCCGCCGAACUGCAACCCCCACCUUCCUCGCCGCUUUCCUUCGAUCCCUUUGCGCAAUCCUUCGGGCGCCAAGUCCAGUCUCCCGACCUCUCUCGCAUGCCGCAAUGGGACCCUCGAAAUCCCCUCGUCGUCCGAGACUCGCUGACUGCGUUGCCUGCGUUGCGUCCCCGCGACGGCGUCGUCGGUGACCUCGUCGAGCUGCACCAGAACCUAUACGCAUGUCUGCGCGUCGGGCGUCUGGACCGGGCCGCCAUCAUCAUCGACCGCCUUGCCACCGUCUACAACAAGGAUGCGCCAGAACUCAUCGACGCACACAACGCCUACUUGCAGACGCUGCUCGACCUCGGCCAGCUCGAUCCUGGUGUGGAGAGCAUGAAGAAGAUUGAGACCUGGUGCAAUGACCACAUGCUAGCCAAAGAUGUCCCACCAAACGCGCAGACAUUUGUUACCCUGAUCCGAUCGGCCAUGAACUUUCUGGAAGAGGGUGACGACGAGGCCGCAGUACGAGAAUACAUCGGCACGGCACGGGAAUAUGGCGAAGACAUCCUCGACCAAAUCAACGCUUCGCCCGAGUUCUCCGAUGAGGAGUGGGAUCUGUUAAUCCGCCUACAACCAGAAUCCUUCCAAGAACCUCCGCCCGUCGACCAUGUUCAGCAUCUCCAUGUCAGCACGCCCUCGGGUCGCAAGAACCUUAUCGAACACGGCCUGGUAUCCCACCCAUCACAGCCGAUCAAACCAGUUAAGCAGAAGGGCAUGGGUCUGGACUCGCUGAAACAAGCUCUUACCAUUUUCGACGAUGAGGCCCGCGUUCCGUACCCGCACGAUAUGCCAGGAACCCAGGAAGAGAAGGACCAGGCCUACGCAUACGCACGCCAAUUACAGAUGGAACAGGAUGGCAUCGAGGCCGCAGUCAGGAGAUGGAAAGCCGAGGACGAGAAACUACAAGAAGUGGGCGUCUAUGGCGUCAUGAACAGCAAGCCUAUCCAGGCCGUCAUGUACGGCUGGUACUCCGCCCUCGUGCCGCUGUUCAAAAAGCGUAUCGAACAGGCCAAGGAGGUUCUGUCCGAUUCCAAAAAGUCCACGGCGCGUGACGAGGUUGCUGCCUAUGGUGUCUGGCUGGAAAGGUGCAAGCCUGAGAAGCUUGCGGCAAUCACCGUUGCUCGGGCUACCCAGGCCGCAGUGAAGGCCAAGGAUGAAGACAAUUCUGCCUACAAGAUAUCGGCCCUGUCUAUCGCCAUUGGUAACGAUAUCGAGGAAUACCUCGACGCUGAUUCGCGGGCUCGGCGAGACGCUUUCCUGAGAAAGCAGCGCAAGCAGACUCGAAUGAACUUGAUCAAUCAACUUUCCAAGGAGAUCCGGGAGGCGCCUUCCAGCCUACCAUCUUUGAAGACGUCGUAUCCACUCGAGAAGGCCGAUAUACCACUAGGGGUACGAACAAAGCUUGGGGCUUCCUGCUUGGAGCUCUUGCUUCAAUCUGCAACCCUCACCGUCACCGCAAAGGAUCCAAGGACAGGGAAGCAGAUAUCCCGCAGUAUGGCCGCCUUCCACCACGCAGUCGGUUAUCGUAACGGCAAGAAGGUUGGCUACCUUGUGCCACACCAUGAGCUCUCUAACAAACUGCGAACCGAUUCUGUUCAUAGCAUCCAGACUGUCAGGCUGCCAAUGGUAGUCGAACCGAAAUCAUGGUCUAGUUACGAAGAUGGCGGAUACUACACUAUUCCGCAAAGAGUCAUUCGUUCAAAAGUCGGUGAUACUGCGCAGAAAGCCUAUGCCCAGUCAGCCAUAGAAAAUGGUGACAUGUCCAAGGUCAUGGCUGGCCUCGACGUGCUUGGCAGAGUACCUUGGCAGAUUAAUGCCCCUGUUUUUGAAGUCAUGGCUCGUGUCUGGAACUCGGGAGAGACUAUUGGAGCUCUCGUUGGAGAAGAUUCCAUUACCAACUACACGCGUCCCCAAGAACCUCCAGCCAACGCGUCAGUCCAGGAACGAUCGAAAUGGAGCAAAGCUCUGAAGGAAUACGAGAAUCACAUCGGCGGUCUUCACUCACAGCGAUGUUUUCAAAAUUUUCAAUUGGAGACAGCGCGAGCAUACCUGAACGAAAAAAAAAUGUUCUUCCCUCAUAGCGUCGACUUCCGAGGCCGCGCAUAUCCGAUCCCACCCAUCCUUAAUCAUAUCGGGUCUGAUCUCUCAAGGGGACUUCUCAAGUUUGCGCACGGCAAAGAGCUUGGUACUGUGGGUUUACAAUGGCUGAAGAUUCAUCUAGCCAAUCUUUACGGUUACGACAAGGCUAGCCUACGCGAACGCGAACAAUUCACAACGGACAACCUGGACGAAAUUCGCGAUUCCGCGACGAAUCCACUGGAUGGUAGACGGUGGUGGGUAAAGGCGGAGGAUCCUUGGCAAUGUCUGGCCUGUUGCAUGGAGCUGAAAAGAGCUUUCGACCUACCCGAUCCGACUCGGUUUGUAUCUCAGUUUCCAGUUCACCAGGAUGGAACGUGUAAUGGACUUCAGCAUUACGCAGCCUUGGGUGGUGACUAUGCUGGUGCUCGCCAGGUCAACCUUGAACCCUCCGACAGGCCGCAGGAUAUUUAUACUGGUGUUGCUGAACUCGUAAAAGAGAUGGUCGCAAAAGACGCCGCCGAAGGUCUUCCAGUAGCGUCCUUUGUUGACGGCCACAUUACGCGAAAAGUUGUCAAGCGAACAGUCAUGACUAACGUCUACGGAGUCACCUUCAUGGGAGCGAAAGAACAGGUACACGACGAGCUACGUAACUUAUUCCCUCAUUUCGAGCCUACAAGCAAGGUCCGGGCACUUGGUGCCGUCGCUUUGUAUGUGGCGCAUAAGAUCUUUGACGCGCUGGGCAAGAUUUUCAAUGGUGCUCAGGAGAUUCAGUACUGGCUUGGGGAAUGUGGUGAACGCAUCACGACAUCGAUUACUGCCGAGCAAGUCAAAAGGAUCAAAGACCGCUUCGAAGGAUUGGAUCCUUCGAAUGCGUUGUAUGACCCGAAGUUUAUGGCACCAAAGAAGGUUACCACAACCCAGCUCAACAAGUUCAACAAAGGCAUGGAGAAGUUUCAGACUAGCAUCAUUUGGACAACGCCACUCAAGAUGCCAAUUGUCCAGCCAUACAGGAAGGAAAGUAACCAGACGAUCAAGACUAAGAUCCAGAACAUUACGGUGUCAAAGAGGUCUCACCAGAAUGAGGUCGAUAAACGCAAGCAGCUACAAGCAUUUCCGCCCAACUUUAUUCACUCUCUCGACGCAAGCCAUAUGCUGCUUUCGGCGUUGAAGGCCAACGAGAUGGGGCUCGACUUCGCCGCUGUCCACGACAGCUUCUGGACACACGCUUCUGAUAUCCCCAAUUUGAAUGUCAUUCUUCGUGACGCAUUCGUACGCAUGCAUAGCGAGGAUGUUAUCGACCGUCUUGCUGCCGAGUUCUCUGCGCGUUAUGCAGGUGCUAUGUACCGAGCGACUCUUUACAGCGGAGCAGAGGUCAGCCGGAGGAUCUCAGAAUGGAGAUUAAAGUAUCGCCAGGAGAAGAAUACUACCACAAGAUCAAGUGGCAAGCGAUACGGAGACACCUCCUUUGAGGAAGUUGCACUGGAGGCUAAGCGACAGGAAUUGCUGAAAAGUGAAGAUGCCGAGGAGAGGAAACAGGGCGAGGCAAUGGUCACGCCGACCAGCAUCUGGCUUGCGGACCAAGACUUCAAAGCAUUCCGCUCGGCCAGACUCGCUCUGCUCGGUGAGUCUAAAGACAAACAGUCUGCCGAUAGGGAAACAAAGACUAUGGAUGAGGCAUUGGGUGAUGAAGUUGAUGCUAUCACCACCACUGAGUCAACGAUCGAUGUUGUGGAAGACGAGGCCCAAGAUCUCGCAAAGGACCCACAAAGCGGCGGUGUAGCCAAGAAGAAGAAGGCGUCGUCUGGCCUCGGCCACGAGAAGAGCACAAUUCAAGUAUGGAUCCCGCUCAGCUUUCCACCUGUUCCGCAGAAAGCGCUUCGGGGCGAUGCUGAGCGCGAAUUCUUCGCGCCAGACGAACGCACCCCGGUAGCGAUUGCAGCAACACAGAAGAUUCGCCAAAUUACACUGCAAGGUCGCCUGGGAGAAUGCGGUUGGAAUGUCAAGAUUCGUCCAGAGGCGUGGUGGAGGGAAGAUCACCCCGGCAGUUCGACGAGAGAGGGGCGGAGGGGAAAGAUUGGAGAGAAGAGAGGAAGGAAGAAGAAGGGUUUAUGA